AUGGAAGCUCUGGAGAAAUCAGAAGAAACCGUCUCAAACCAUUCUCAAAAACUAGCAGGAACUGUCAACUGGGGCACAGCAACUGUGAUCGGAGUAUUUGCAGGCCUGUUUUAUGGUGGUAGCAAGGAGGCAUCUGCUUCAGUUAGCAAGGAUGCAGAAGUAAUGUUGAAGCUUGGGAGCACACCAGACAAGCGUGAACAAUAUCGUAUGAUGAGAGAUGCAAUGGAGAAAAGGUUCAUACGAGUCACUCGGGGCUCGAUAGUUGGUGGAGUGCGUCUUGGAUUGUUUACUGCUACAUUUUGUGGUAUACAAAAUCUGCUUGCUGAGAAAAGGGGUGUGCAUGAUGUUUUCAAUGUUGUUGGAGCCGGUUCAGCCACUGCUGCUACAUUUGGUCUAAUAAUGCCAGGAUCAUUGCCAUGGCGAGCAAGAAAUGUGAUGCUUGGUGCCGUCCUAGGAGCAGCAUUGGGUUUUCCAUUUGGGUGGGCGCAUUUGAAGCUGGUAGAGAAAGCAAAUGAAGGGAACCUGUCUACACAUCCUGAUUCAGAUCAAAGAGAAGCAAGGAGUGGAGUUGGUGCAGCAAUUGAAAGGCUUGAAGAAAAUUUGAAUAAGUAG